AUGGCUGACCAGGCACAGUUCGAAGCUCUCUUAGAGAGUUUGAUGAGCACGGAUAAUGAUGUCAGGACACAAUCAGAGGAAAAUUAUGACAAGAUUCCAGCAGCAACAAAGAUACCUUUCUUGGUACAGUCUAUGAAGAACAGUAAUGGCUCUAUUGAGACCAGAACAAUGUCUGCAGUACUGCUGCGGCGACUGUUUUCAUGCAGUUUUGAAGAAUGCUGGCCCAGCUUAUCAGAUGAAAUGAAGGCAACAAUUAAAGAACAGAUGAUGAUUGCCAUUAGAGAAGAGUUAACUCCCCCUGUCAGGCGGAAAGUCUGUGAUGCUACUGCAGAGCUCGCUAGAAAUAUGAUCGAUGAUGAUGAAAAUGUGACAUGGCCAGAAAUAUUGAAGUUUCUUUUUGAAUGUGCAAGUCAUGAAGAUUCUGGACUCCGAGAGAGUGCCUUGCAUAUUUUUACGAAUGUGCCUGGUAUAUUUGGUAAUCAACAGAACCACUACCUGGAUGUGAUCAAACAGAUGUUGAACGCUAAUUUAAAUGACACGGACCAUCCACAAGUUAGAUUUGAGGCAGUCAAGGCCACUACAGCAUUUCUUGUAGCCAAUGAUAAACAACAGUCGAUUUUGGCACACUUUAGAGACUUGCUGCCUGCCAUUUUACAGGCAAUGGUUGACAGUGUCAAUGCACAAGAAGAUGACAGCUUGCUGAAGUGUUUGAUUGAAUUAGCAGAAACUAUCCCCAAGUACCUACGCAGUCAGCUGGAUAACAUUAUUCCAUUCUGUCUUAAGAUUGUGUCUGAUGCUAACCUGGAUGAUUCUUGGAGACAACUCGGAAUGGAAGCUAUAGUUACCUUAUCGGAAACUGCCCCAGCUAUGGUUCGCAAGUUCAGCAAGUUUAUGUCCUUGCUUGUGCCCCAGAUUCUGGCUUUGAUGGUCGAUUUGGAGGAAGAAGCUGACUGGGCUUUACAAGAUGAACCCGAAGAAGAAGAUACUGAAAGCAAUGCCAUCUCUGCAGAGAGUGCAUUAGACCGUCUUGCCUGUGCUCUUGGAGGGAAGACAACUCUGCCCCACAUUCUUGCGAAUAUUCCACAGAUGUUGCAGAACAAUGACUGGCGGUACCGACAUGCUGCUUUAAUGGCUAUAUCUGCCUGUGGGGAGGGAUGUCACCAACAGAUGGAGAUUAUGUUAGGCAAUGUUGUAGAGGCCAUCUUACCAUUUCUCAAGGAUCCGCAUCCACGAGUCCGGUAUGCUGCAUGUAAUGCCAUAGGACAAAUCUCAACAGAUUUUGGUCCGAUUUUACAGAAAAAGUUUCAUGAAAAGGUUGUACCCUCCCUUCUGAUGGUUAUGGAUGAUGACGCCCACCCUCGAGUACAGGCACAUGGCGCUGCAGCCUUGGUAAAUUUCAGCGAAGAUUGCCCUAAAACUAUCCUUGUUCAGUACCUGGAUGUGAUCAUACUCAAGUUGGAACAAGUUCUGGUCAGCAAAUUCAAAGAGUUAAUGGAGAAAGGAACAAAAAUGGUUUUAGAACAAGUUGUCACGACGCUGGCGUCUGUGGCUGACACUGCUGAAGAAAAGUUUGAACAGUAUUAUGACAGAUUUAUGCCAUCGUUGAAGUACAUAGUACAGCAAGCCAACCAGACAGAGCUGCGACUUCUCCGAGGGAAGACAAUUGAGUGUAUAAGUUUGAUAGGCCUUGCUGUCGGCAAAGAAAAGUUCCUUCAAGACUGCAGUGAGGUGAUGCAGUUGUUGCUGAAGUCACAGACAGAACAAGAAGAUCUGGCUGACGAUGACCCACAGAUUUCUUACAUGAUUUCUGCAUGGGCAAGGAUGUGUAAAAUUUUGGGAAAAGAAUUCCAGCAGUAUCUGCCUCUAGUCAUUGGUCCAGUUCUCAAAGCAGCAUCCUUGAAGCCAGAAGUUGCACUCCUAGAAAGUGAAGAGAUGAAAGAAAUGUACAAUGAUCAGGACUGGCAAUUUGUCACUGUCGGUGACCAGCAAAGUUUUGGUAUACGUACAGCAGGACUAGAGGAAAAAGCCACUGCUUGCCAGAUGUUAGUAUGUUAUGCAAGAGAGCUCAAAGAAGCCUUCGCCGAGUAUGCAGAACAAGUUGUCAAAAUUAUGGUGCCUCUACUUAAAUUUUAUUUUCAUGAUGAUAUACGAAUAGCAGCAUCAGAAAGCCUACCAUUUCUAAUAGACUGUGCCAAGAUUCGUGGUGAACAGUAUGUAGCAGAGAUGUGGCAAUACAUUUGUCCACACUUGCUGAAGGCCAUUGAGAUUGAACCAGAACAGUCUGUGCUGCCUGAACACAUGAACUCGCUGGCAAAGUGCAUCGAAAAACUUGGAAAAGGAUGUUUAACAAUGGAAAACCUUAAUUUAUUGACACAGCUUGUAGAUAAACAAUUACAGGAACACUUCAAGAAACAAGAUGAGCGACAAGCUAAAAGAGGUGAUGAAGAUUAUGAUGAAGAUGUGGAAGAUGAACUUAUGGAUGAGGAUGACGAAGAUGUGUACAUCCUAAGUAAGAUUGCUGAUAUCAUUCAUGCCCUAUUUGGCACACACAAAGAGGAAUUCCUUCCCAUCUUUGAACAGCUGAUGGGCUACUUUGUCCGACUACUGGGGGCAGAGCGACCAUGGCCGGACAAACAGUGGGGCUUGUGUAUCUGGGAUGAUGUCAUUGAACAUUGCGGGGCGCAUUCGGUGAAAUAUCAGGAAUAUUUCCUACAAAAUAUGAUGACAUAUCUGACUGAAAAGAGUGCUGAGGUUCGUCAGGCUGCAGCGUACGGCGUUGGAGUCAUGGCACAGUUUGGGGGGAAUGUGUAUGCACAAGCCUGUGCAGAGGCCUUACCUUUACUACUGAAGAUGAUACAAGAUCCUGAUUCACGAGCUGUAGAAAACGUGAACCCAACAGAAAAUGCCAUCUCUGCUGUCACCAAGAUCUGCAAAUACAAUUCAUCCAGAAUCAACAUUAACGAGGUUUUAGGAUUUUGGCUGACAUGGUUACCUGUUUGGGAAGAUGAAGACGAGGCUGUCCAUAUAUAUGGCUACCUCUGUGAUCUGAUAGAAAUAAACCAUCCUGUUAUACUGGGGGAGAACAACAAAAAUCUACCACAGAUUAUUUGUAUUAUUGGUGAAGCACUACACAAAGAGGCUGUGUCUUCAGAUGAUGAGGUCUUCCAGAGACUUCUUAACAUUGUCCGACAAGUACAGAGUAACCAGGAGUUGUUCCAGGUGUGUGUGCCACUCCUGACACAGGACCAGCAACAAGCUCUAUCAGAUGCUCUCAACGCUGCCCAGAGCUGAGGACAAUCCCUGCCUUUAUGGACAUAUAUACACAGUAGUGGAGAUAUCAUUAAAGCUAAUGCCAAAUCUGCAAUUCUGCUGUCAGCUAUUUUGGACUUGCCCCCAACUUGUUCAUAUUUUGGCAGAUAUCAAGCAUUUUUGGAGGUGCUUCCUGGAAGCUGUUACAAGCAUCUUUAAAUACUGCACAACUGAAGUUGAUCUCCAUUCGUGUUUUUUCAGCAAACAUUUGACUCACAAAUUUCUAUUAGAAGUUUGUGUUCUGUGUUCAGAGAUCAUGAGUGCCCAAGACCAAGGAUAAAACACCUGCGUGAUUGGUGACAAAGUUACUAUCCCUACUGUGCAUACUGUUUUCUAGUACAUGUUUGGAAAGGAUUGAAUCCAGCGAUGCUUUCCACAUUUUGCUUGAAGAUUUCGUGUGAGAACUGCUAGAAACAGAAAUUGAAUGCAAUAUGAUAUUUAUGUGUUGUGAAUGAGUUUCUUAAGCCAGGCCAAGUUUUCCUACCUGUUGAAAGAUUUAGCUAUAAAGCAAAGGACAUAAAUAUUCUAAUGAAAUGUUUGUAAUAGAUAAAGGUAUCAAUGCUAUUGAACAGGCAUUCUUUUUUGAGAAUUAGAUGUGAUCAAUUUCAGAAUUGUACUGAAAGUUAUAUAGCUUAUAUGUAUCAUAACUUGCAAGGACACCUGAGUAUCAACAGAACUGAAGGUUUUAUUAGUUUAAACUGUAAAAUUAUGAAACAUCCAACCACAUCUUAUGUGGUUUAAGGAAAUUGUACUAGAUUUGGAAAUAUAGAACUCAGGAAAUCAAAAUGAAAGCCAGAUUAUCCCAAAGGGAGUUCUUCACUUUGUGUAGGAGAUAAUCAUGAGAUUAGAAGCAGAUAGAAGUCUAGAGAAGCCAGCAUUGUUAUGUUAAUGAAAGUUUAAUUAUAAAGUAUAGAUAAAUGUUGCAUCAUAUGGAAUAUAUAAGGAACUUUCAGGUCUUUUAUUCAUAAUUAUUCUAUAAAUUCUUAUUUUGCAAUUAGUGGUUCACUUUUAAUAGUUACUUUUUGAAUUUGUAAAUUGUAUAUUAAGUGAACAACAAUUUGUAAUUCAACCCAGUCCAGUAUCUUCAGUUUCGAGAAUGUAUGAAGUGAUGUAAAAGUUUAGAGAACAUUACUUCACAUGUACUAAAUUUGGUUGCUGAUGCUUCCUAUUAUAAAUCUACGUAAAUUUUCUCCCUUGUGUUGUGCUUAAAGACUAAUUGAGAUUUUGUGUCCUAAAGGAAGAAUGUUCUGUACAUGGAGGAUGAUACCAUUUUUGUUACGUGUUGCAGGAUUGUUUUGUUAUUGGAUUUGUAGAUUGUUUCUAUGUUGUUAAAUAUUAUGUUACUGUCUGUAUACUGUCUACCAAGUGGUGUUGGUAAUCUCUUGAUUAUUGUAAUCUGGCUAAUAGCAAAGCUUUGAAAACUUCUGAUCACGAAAAAUACCAUUGUUUCAGUUGUGUGAUAUUUACUGUCAUUCCAGACUGCCAAGGCUUAGGAGUGUACAUUUUUUUUGCAACAGUUUUUCUUAAAAUAUUGGAAAAAAGGUUUGCAUUAUUGGAUAUGGGAAAACAUAGCAAAUCAUUUAACAAUUUGAAUUACUGUAAAUUUGUUUUAUACUGAAAUAUUGAACUUGUGUAUCCUACUGUCUUUUCAAAUUGGUUACACAUCAGACAUUUUUGGCCAUAAAUAGUUUGAAUGCUAGCUUUUAAUAUUUUAGCAGUCACUGUAGUCCUGUUUUGAAUAUUAAUGAGUGCAGAAUACCACAAAUUUAUGAUCCCAGUGUUUGCAUAAAAAAUGCAUACAAAUCAAAUGGCGGCAUAAUAUUUGUAGAAGUCUACAAACAUUUUAGAACCUUGUCCUGUUGCUGCCAAGUAAGUUCCAACAUUCAUUCUUGUAUUGUUAAAACUGACAUCUUUAUAACUUUAAGAUGGAAAUCACUUUGUAUUGAUAUAUUUUGAGAGAAUAUCUGCAAGAACAAUCUCUUGAAAAUGUGAUACUGAUAAAUACAAAUAAAUGUAAAGGAACAAUGCCAAAUAUUACAGAAUUUUUUCUGUACUUAAUUUUAAGUCAACUCUGGUGAAUGGGAAAUUAUUUUCAAUCAUUGCUUUUCAGUAGGUUUGUGUAUAUAACAGUACACCUGGUUUAGAAUAUUUAAAUCUACUUUGUACCCAACUCAUCUCCCAAAUGAAUUAUUUGAAGAGUUUUUUUAUAUACAAGAUAGUCAACCUCAUUCAUAUAUCUUGUUCAUUCAUAAUCAGUCUUGGUUGUCUCCCCCUUAAUUACUCGACAGUACAAUUUUGGUAGUCUUGCAAUUGGUUCUGGAUGUUUCAAAGAAUUCAUGAUAAGCCCAACAAGAUUAAUUGUUUAGUUUGUGCACCGAGAUAAAUGUUGGAUGGCUAACAGUAGGUAUAUUAGGUAUAUUAUACCUAAGAAAUUCAUACAGGAAAUUACGGUAACCGAUUUAUUUGUUUUGCAGUUGAUGUGUGGUACAUUCCUGCUAGCUUUAGUAUUUAUGAAUCUCUAUGUAUUGAAUUAUGUUAAAAUUGAAUGGAAGCUCAUGCAAGUUUCCAUUCUGAGGAGUUGUCUAGAAAUACUUCUCUGUGAAGAUGUUUUACGUUUGAUAUUUCUUUCCUUUGCUUCUUCCCUUGCUUCUUGAUGUAUUGUAUUUGGUGUUGUGUCGUGCCAUACUUGGUAUUUCUUCAAUAUUUUCUUUUCUUAUUUGGCAACAGCAAAUCAGCAAUAAGUUUAAUGAAUAUCUUAAUCUUUAUCUCAAUGAAAAUAAUAUUAUGAAUAUUGAUUGUGAAAUUCCUUGUCACAGUAAUCAGUUUUUUAGAAGUAAUAUUGAAAAUAUUUAUCCUUGACAUUGAUAAUGGCAGAAAGGGCAGUGUUUGUAUUGAAACAAGUUCAUAUAAUUCACAAUAUCAAUAUUCAUAUCUGGAAAAUAAAAAAAGCUCAUUUUUUUGUUUAUUUAUUGAAUUUCAUGGCUUAAGUAGUGACAUUUUUCUGUGGAACAAUUUUGACAUUUUAACUUAAAAUCCAGAACACAAAGCUAAUUAAAGGCUUAAUAAAGCAGAUAAUUUAUUAGGGGUGAAAACAAUUUCCCUUCAGCAAAAAGAGCUGUGAUAUGGGAUCUGUUUGAUAGAUGUAAGCUGAUCACACAAGUGCUGAAAUUGCUGUCUUAAUUUUGUAUCUACAAAAUGUAAGUUUUAUUUACAUUAUUUUCGAAAGAAAUGAUUAGCCUUGGUACAAGAAGGCAUUUCAGGACAUUUCAUGUAUAGACCAUAAAUUCUGUGCAUUGUUGUCCUGUUAAAUUUAAUACACAUGGCAUUUAGGCCAGUAUAUGAAACAAUUUAGAAAACCCUGACAAAUAUUGCAUUAUUUGUCGCAAUUGUUAGAAAUUUCACUUUGUAUCAGAUUUUGUGCAAACUGUGAUAAUAGAUUAAUGUAGAGAAUUCAGUCGCCUGUGAAAAAUAUAACUAUACAGUACCAAGCGGUUUUGUUUUCACUUACAAUCAGUCCCGUUUUGUCUAUAACAGACUGUCCGGUUGUUCGAAAAGAGUAGCUAAGGAUUAAUGGGACAGGAUUGUUGUCAUGCAAGAUGCUGAUAAUCACAUUCUGAAUAGUAUUGUCAUAUGGCAUAUUAUAUAUAGCAUCAAUAAAAUUGUCAUUCAAUGCUUUU